UAGCGUAUUCACUGGUCCUGGGGAGUGUCUGAAGGCCUGUAUCAAGUGCUACUGUUGAUCCGUGUAACAUUUUUCUAUCGUUUUUAUCACUAAUACACAAUUAUGGAUCCCGCGGUCUUCCCGGAAGAAAUUUGGAUUAAGAUUUUAUUAUACUGCGAUGUACCUGACAUAAUCGCUUUCGGUAGCACCUGCAAGUAUCUGAGGAAAACGUCGGACACGGAUUAUCUGUGGAAGAUGAAAUGGCUGCAGUUGAUUUCAAAGGUGCACUUCAAAUUCCCGGAUAUAAAGUGUCUGCAAUUACUCAGCGUCAGCUUCAAGGCUAUGUGCUACAGAUUGCAUAUGGUGAUCACAUUGGGCGAAAAUGCGCCCUUCCCAAAAUGUUAUCACUGCAGCGGUUACACUUGUCAAAGAAAUUGCGUAGAGGGUUCCAGCGCAAAGGUGGUAAUCGAGAUUGGCAAUAAGUAUACAUGGGUUAUCACACCAAACUUUGGGCUAAGAAGACACUUCUCGAUGUUCGGCAUUCCCAAGUACAAUAAUAAAACUCACAUGGAGCAAGCGCAGACUCAAAAUGCCCCGAGCAGCAGCACACGCUCCAAGUCUGACACAAAGUCGCUAGCAAAAAGAUUGAAGUUAUUAAAAUUGUCGGAAUUGGCGACCGCUAAGAUCCCACGGCCGAGCGGGCCGUUCUGCGUCUUCUGCAAUCCUGUGAAACUGUACAGGGAGAAGCGAAGAUUAGUCACGCAUCAAAAUGAUCCCAUGUGUUACACCAGACCGAAUCCAAUUUAUCAAAAGCUCAUAAAUGGCUACUGCACCGACACGGUCGACGUUUUCGGUAUUCCGAAUGUGGAUGUUGUAAGCCCGGCAGAGGCAUUGCUAUGCGAAGGCACGUUUCCAGUUCUCAAAACCUUUAUCGAUCACUUGUUUCAUCAGAUGAGUUUAACCGCAACACUGAGAAAGCCAAAUACCGUACUCAUGUUUUGUGAACCAUUGGCUAUGCAUCCCACAUUGAGAAAGCAAUUGUUACAUUAUUUAUUCCAGGAAGUUAAAGUAGCAAGGGUAUGCCUGGUACCGAAACCUCUAGCGGCAUGCGCUAUGUUGGACGUAGAGACUUGCGUUGUAAUCGACAGCGGUGCUCUUAGCACAACGGUAGCCGUCGUAAUUGGAGGACGGGUUAUACCACAACGUUGGAGAUUGUUACCCGUGGGUGGUUGGCAUGUUGCUUAUCAUUUAAAACAAGCUAUGCACUGGCAACCAAAGGAAUAUCAUCAAAUUCCUAUAUCCUACUUGGAUGUUUUGGCUGUUAAAGAAAGAUGUAGACUGAGUUAUAACAUUAAGAAUGAAGAGAAACGCUUUGGACAGAAGGCGAGAGAACAUAUUAAUCUCCGAGUUGAUAGCUAUGCGGAUUACAAACAAUUUUGGAGAGUAUCUCUAGGGCCAGAGUUGUAUAUAGCCCCCGAAAUGAUGUACAUCAGUCUCCGUUUGCCCGAAAUUAUAAAAGAUGUAACGUCAGGAUUACCGGAAGAUAUAAUGCACGAUUGUCUUUCACAUAUUCUACUUACUGGUGGAAAUACGGAUCUUUCUGGUUUCGAAUUAAGGCUUACCAAGGAUUUACGUGAACUGUUGCCAGAGUAUAGCAAAAUUUUAGAAGUGAAAAGUUGUCCUGGAACGCAUAGUUGGAAUGUCGCGAUGGGAUCUACAUAUGUGCCUUUAGCUGUGCAUCCUGAUAAAACUCCACCAGAGUAUAUUGAAGGUAAUCCAUUUUGGUUAUCACGAGAAGAAUAUGUGUUAUUUGGAUGUGAAUCUUUGGAACACAGUAAUGAAGGUAUAAUAGGUGAUACCUUAUAAUGCGAAUGCCUCAUUUAUUAUUACAUAACUAAGAUGCAUGGGUACGCGCGCAUCUCCUAUUUAUAUAAAAAUAAUAUAUAAUGACAGGAAAGUAAAUGUUACCAUCAUUAAGUA